GUCCUUUCUCUCUCUCUCUCUGGGUAAUUUUGUCGAAUAGCUGAGCCACCUAAUCCCAGCGCUGUCCAGAGUGUCUUUUCCAUUUGCAGCGAGUUGAAGCUCCGAGAAUGCACACAACUCGGAACCUUUGAAGCGUUUCAUCAACUACGAUGCUUAGCGAAAAGCGACUCAACAGUGACCAUGCUUGCUUACCGCGAUAACUAGCCAAACAUGCCAUUAGCUACUGCUGAACUCAACUUAACCGCGAACUUGCUUCCUAAAUCUAACUGAAAAGACAUCACUGAUCAACACUUGCAAUUUUAGAAUGGAAGAUGAUAUGGAGAAACUGGUGGUAGAAGAAGGAGUGGGAAUUGAGCGACACAGAAGCAUUACCUUCCAAAGCUUAAAAUCGUACUCGCUGCACCUUCUCGACCUUUUGCAGAACCCUCAGAUUGAGAAUCAGAAGCAUUGUUCUGUCACUGUAAUCCCCGACCUCCUUCGUUUCCUUCACAGUUCUUCGCCCUCUACUUUACAACCCUUCUUCGACUACACUUUGUUCCCGUUACUUCUGCUCCUAGAUGCAGCAAUUCAGUGUAGAUCAAUGCAAAAAGUUGAUUCUCAGGAAUUAUAUAAUGUGUCUGAUGUUCCAAAAACACCUGUUAAAGUGAGUGAUAGUGUUGCUGAAGGUGUAGUUAAUUGUUUGGAGGAGCUUCUGAGGAAGUGCCGUUUGAAUUCUGUGGAUCAGAUGGUUCUUCUACUAAAAAAGUUAACAUAUGGAGCUUUGUUAUCACCCUCUGAGGCUUCAGAAGAGUUUCGUGAAGGAAUUUUAUUGUGUGUCAAGGCACUGCUUUUGAAUUUGCAUUCCUGUUCUAAUGUGUCUUGCUCGUGUAAACAAAUUCCUGGCUUGCCUGCACUUUUGAAUGACAUUUAUAAUGAUAUGCUUCAUAAAACUUUCAAGUAUGGUUUGGAAUCAGAGGAAUGUUUGCUUGCAUUUCUUCGGUCUCAAACUGCAUCAGCUGCUGUUGGACACUGGCUAUCACUUCUUCUCAAAACAGCAGAUAUAGAGGCUGGUAGGGGACAACGAGGUUCUGCAAGACUUCGAAUUGAAGCAUUCAAAACUCUGCGGGUGCUUGUUGCAAAGGUUGGUUCUGCAGAUGCAUUAGCCUUUUUUUUACCUGGAAUUGUCAGUCAAUUAGCUAAAGUUUUGCAUGGUGCAAAAACAAUGAUAAGUGGGGCCGCUGGAAAUGUGGAAUCUAUUGACCAUGCAAUCAGAGGCUUGGCAGAGUUUCUUAUGAUAGUCCUCCAGGAUGAUGCUAAUGCACCUUCCCUGGAUAUUGAAGCAUCUUCAGACUUCGAUUCAAAUGAGCGUAAUUCUACGCUUUCUCUUUUGGAGGAGCUUCGCCACUUAUCAGUUAAAAAUUAUGUCAAAACAAAAGCUGCUGAAGAUAGAAGUGUUGAAUCAGAAAAAUUUUCUUGUUCUCAAACUCAAAUGCAAGAAAUGGGGAAUACCAAUCCUAACAGAGAGAACAUAUUUUUCCAUGUGAACCGAACGAAAGGUUGGAUGCAGAAAACGUCAGAACAUGUAAAUAAGUUGUUGAGUGCAACUUUUCCUCAUAUUUGUAUUCAUCCUUCACAAAAGGUGAGAAAAGGACUACUUGAUGCCAUAAAAGGACUCUUGUCAAGGUGCUUCUACACACUGGGGGAAAGUAGAUUGAUGCUUUUGGAGUGCUUAUGUGCCUUGGUGGUUGAUGGAUCUAAUGAUGUGUCUUCAGCUGCACAAGAUUUCCUUGAGUUUUUGUUCACCCAGAAUUGCAAAUCUACUAUAAAACGCAAUGCUGCUGAGAUAUUUGUCAGGCACCUUGAGAAGCUUCCCAAAUUGGUGUUUGGCCAUGAGGAGUCACUUGCUGUGUUACAUGCGCAGCAAUUACUAACAAUAAUAUUUUAUUCUGGUUCUCAUCUAUUGGUGGAUCAUCUUCAGUCUCCUGUAGGAGCUGCUAGAUUUCUUGAUGUAUUUGCUGCAUGUCUAAGUCAUAAUUCGGUGUUUUCUGGUUCACUUGUAAAAUUUACUUCAUCAAAUCAAUCAUCAACCAUGGGAUAUCUUCCCUCCAUUGCUGAGUUGAAAUCUGGAGCUAAUUUCUUCAGUUAUGGCCUCCCUGAUUUAUGUGAAGCCCCUAAGUGCAGGCUUAUUGAGGAAAAAAGUAAAGAAGAACCUGCACAAAACAACUAUGAGCUUCCUCGCAUGCCCCCUUGGUUCAGUAAUAUUGGUAGUCUUAAGUUAUAUCAGCCUCUGGCAGGGAUUCUCCGACUUGUGGGUUUGUCUUUGGUGGCAGAUCAUAGAAGUGAAGGGCUCCUGUCACAUGUGAUUGAGACACUACUUGGUUACUUCCGUAAAUUAGUUUCCGAGCUUCGUUUAAAAGAACACAAUAAAGAAAGCUGGCAGUCUUGGUAUGAAAGGAAUGGUUCUGGGCAGUUAUUGAGGCAAGCUAGCACAGCUGCAUGCAUGCUAAACGAGAUAAUAUGUGGUCUGUCAGAUCAAGCAAGUAAUGAUUUGGCUAGAAUAUUUCAUAGGUCUGCUAUAAGCAGAGGUGUUCAGGUUCAGUCCUACAAACAUGAUUGUGCAUUUCCUGAAUCUUUCUGGAAGAUACCUAAAGGUGUAAAGAGUUAUUUAGUUGAUUGCAUUGGUGGGAUAUUACAUGAGUAUUUAUCUGCUGAGCUAUGGAAUGUUCCAAUUAAUCAUAGAGUUGCUGACUUGCAGCUUAAUGCUGCAGUUGAAGAUAUUAGUCUAUACUUUUUCGAAGACACUGCAAUGCUACAUGAGGUUAUUAUUGAUGGAGUAGGAAUCUUUAAUAUGUGCCUCAGAAGAGAUUUUGUUUCUAGUGGAUUUCUUCAUUCUUCUCUUUAUUUAUUGCUGGAGAAUCUUAAUUCUUCAAAUUACCGAGUUAGAAAUGCGGCAGAUUCUGUCUUGCAUUUACUUUCCACCACAUCUGACUGUCCAACGGUUGGACAUUUAGUUUUGGAAAAUGCAGACUAUGUGAUCGAUUCAGUAUGUCGACAAUUACGUCAUUUGGACCUUAAUCAUCAUGUGCCAAAUGUGCUAGCAUCCAUACUCUCCUACAUUGGAGUGGCUCGCAAGAUAUUGCCUCUACUUGAGGAACCGAUGCGCUCUGUGUCUACAGAACUUGAAAUACUGGGUAGACAUCAACAUCCUGAUUUAACUGUUCCAUUCUUGAAGGCAGUAGCAGAAAUUGUGAAGGCAUCAAAACGUGAAGCUUGCCUGUUGCCCCCUCAGGCAGAGUCAUUUGCCAGAGAUGUCAGGUCUAUAAUCUCCAAUUCAGAACAAACAUUACAAGACCAGUGGGAGGUCAUUUUAUUCAAAUUAAAUGAUUCCACAAGAUAUAGACGAACAGUUGGUUCUAUUGCUGGUUCAUGUAUCACUGCUGCAAUCCCACUUCUAGCAUCAUUCAAGGAAGAGAUAUGCUUGGCCGCCCUGGAUAUAAUUGAGAGUGGCAUGUUGGCAUUAGCAAAAGUAGAAGCAGCUUGUAAGCAUGAAAGAGAAAUUAAAGAAGCAACAGAAGAAGCAUUACAAUCACUAUCGUUGUAUCAGAUGAAGGAUACUUUGGAUGCGACUGAAGAAGGGACUGAUGAAAACAGGCUGCUUCCAGCAAUGAAUAAAAUAUGGCCAUUCCUGGUUACUUGUAUUCAGAACGGGAACCCAGUGGCUGUCCGGAGAUGUUUGAAUGUGAUCAGCAACGUAGUGCCAAUUUGCGGAGGAGAUUUCUUCACACGUCGUUUCCACACUGAUGGGAGACACUUUUGGAAACUUUUGACAACAUCUCCAUUUCAGAAAAAGUCAUGUUUCAAAGAUGAGAAGACCCCUUUACAACUUCCUUAUAGAAUUAGUUCUGUGAAUUCAGAGAAUUCAUUGGCUGAGACCUCCUAUCUUAAGGUUCAGAUUGCCGUGCUUAACAUGAUUGCUGAUUUAUGCCGUAAUAAGAGGAGUGCCUCUGCAUUAGAACUUGUUCUGAAAAAGGUAAGCGGUCUGGUUGUGAGGAUCGCUUGUAGCAGCGUUGUUGGACUUCGUGAUGCUUCUCUGAAUGCCCUCCAUGGCCUUGCAUCUAUUGAUCCCGAUCUUGUGUGGCUUCUCUUAGCUGAUAUAUACUACACUACGAAGAAGACACAAACCCUGCCUCCAGUUAGACCAGGUUUACCAGAGAUAUCUGAAAUUCUCCCUCUUCCCUCGUCACCCAAAGAACAUCUAUAUGUGCAUUAUGGAGGACAAAGUUAUGGUUUUGACAUAGAUUUGACCUCUCUGGAGAUUGUUUUCACUAAAAUUGAUUCACAAUAUCAAAUGUAUAGCUAA